AUGUGCGCCGCAAAAGGCCCGACGCAAAACGAUGGCGACGCAAAUGCUGGAACAAAGAGCCGUCUGGCAGCGCUGCUAUCCACUGCAUACUCUUAUGCUCAGGGCUCUUUCAACUCUUUGAUUCCGCCGUCUUCUCGUCAACGCGCAUAUGAUGCAGCAUCAUCGUUUGCCUCCGAUCAACCGAUACUUUUUUCCUUUACCGUUUUCCAAGCUCUCUUCGCGCUCCUUCCCCUUCUGCUAUUCUUCUCUUUUGCGUUGUCAACUAUUCUCCUGGCCCUAUCUGCCGCGUUUGCCUUUGCUUUUUUCUGGAUCGGCAUUGCGUGCCUCUUCUUGAUCCCGACGCUGUUCAUUACGGCAUCUCUCGCAGUAUUGUGCUGGGGAACGUCAGUUGGAAGCUUCGUUAUCGCUAGAAAAUUGUACCACUAUGUGCCGGCAGCCAAUCAUCAGGAGAGGAAUGAUACCAAGUCGCCAGCAAGUGAGGAUACGCUGGUUGUACCCGAGGUGGUGGUGUCGAAUGGCGUUGAAGUCAAGAAGGAGGAUCAGUUUGACGACGUCAAGAGCUUGGAGUGA